UUUAUUCCUGAUCAAGGGUUAUAAAGGCAAGAGACUUUUUUUUUUUUUGAAGAAAUCAAGAUUCUCUCUCUCUCUCGUUACGUGAAGUGAAACUGAAACAUCCCAUCUUUUAACAUUUUUGCCUUUUUACCUGUUCUUCUUUAUUUUAUUUCUUUUUGAAAAAUUAGUCCGUCCCCCCCCCCUCAGUCAGUCAGUCUCUCACCAACUUAGAAUUAGAGGAGUCUCCAUCGUUAAUAAGCCAUAAAAAGAGAAGAGACACCAGCUUGGUCUACUAAAAAUUACAAGAGAGAGAGAGAGAGGCUGCGGUGGCCCAGUUAAGUCUAUCGCUGACCGACCUUAAGAUGGCGUGUAGGAUAAGAAGAGAGGAGGAGUGAGAGAGAGAGAGUGCGAGAGAGAGAGAGAGCGAUCAAAUAUUCUCUUUAGCUUUGAUGAGAUUUGGUUUUUUCUUCUGAGAUUCAAACAAGGGUAAGAGAGAUCUGCCGUCUGCAAUCGGAGAAGCGGGAGUUGGAUAUACGAAGUGGUUUAUCUUGUUUGUGCUCGCGCGUAGAUUGCUCGUCUUUGGAGUUGGAGAAGUGCGAAGCUUUUCGUUUCUUGCUUAAUUUGUACGAUAUUAGUUUUUUUUUUGGAGUUUGGACAGAGCUAAUUCUUCGGGGGUGUGGUGUAACUUAACCAAAUUAAAAGCAAGGACACCAGCUUUGUUAGUUUGCUUCAAUUCAGACAUGCAAAUGAUGUCCGGGGAUGGGCUUUCAAUUCCCUCUGCAAUCAGAGGGUUUCCUCAGCCACCGAUUCCAAACCCUAACCCUAAUCCUAAUGGUACUACCGUGGUCAAGAAGAAACGAAAUCUACCUGGAACACCAGAUCCAGAUGCGGAGGUCAUAGCUCUAUCUCCAAAGACUCUCAUGGCAACCAACCGGUUCGUCUGCGAAAUCUGCAACAAGGGGUUCCAGAGAGACCAGAACCUUCAGCUGCAUCGACGAGGGCACAACUUGCCAUGGAAGCUUCGGCAGAGAACAAGCAAGGAGAUCCGGAAGAGGGUUUAUAUCUGCCCCGAAAAGACCUGUGUUCACCACGAUCCGUCCAGGGCCCUCGGAGAUCUUACGGGAAUAAAGAAGCAUUUCAGCCGAAAGCAUGGCGAGAAGAAGUGGAAGUGCGAGAAAUGUUCUAAGAAAUACGCAGUUCAGUCCGACUGGAAAGCUCACACCAAGACUUGUGGGACAAGAGAGUAUAAAUGCGACUGCGGAACACUCUUUUCCAGGAAGGACAGCUUCAUCACCCACAGAGCCUUUUGUGAUGCCUUGGCAGAAGAGAGUGCGAGACUCACUUCGGUUGCAGCCACCAACCUCAACUUCAGAACGGAAUCCAUCAACAACGCCACGUCCACCCUGCCGCAUGGGUUCGGAAGCCGAGGAGGACCAGACGCCAUUGCUGGUAUCCCUUCACUAUGCCCAAUUUUCAGGCCAGAAUUUGCCGGCCCCGAGGCUGCCAAUUCCCUCGAUGCAAACCGGCAGAAGCCAAGGUUGUCGCUGUGGCUAGAUCGGGCCAAUUCUCAUAUGAACCCCAUCGAUAUGGCAGCUAAUAAUUCUAAUGCUUUCUUGACAUCGAGUUCCACCGCGGGUUUGCCUGAAUUCGUGCAAAUGGCAUCGACCAAUCUCUUCAACUCCUCCACUUCUUUGGUUGAUUACGGAGGAUGCGUUCAGCCACAGUGGCUUGAUAGGUGCUCCGGAGCAUCGACAGGUGCCAACCUAUCUUUAUCAACCUCCCCGCGUGGAUUAAAGGAGGAGAAUGGAAACAAAGGCCAGUUGGUGGAAAGCUUAGCUUCAUUGUAUUCCAACAGCCAAAACCAGCAAGCAAACUCAGCACACAUGUCAGCGACCGCACUUCUACAGAAAGCAGCUCAAAUGGGAUCUACUAGGAGCAACCCUUCACUGCUCAGUAGCUUUGGAGUGGGGAACUCUUCUUCCUCAGAUACCACAAGCUUCAAUCCUCACACUCAGACUAGGAAUGACUUCCAUCAGUUACUCCGGCAAGCGAAGCAACCGGAGAACCUUAAUGAGCUUAUGAAUUCGAUAUCAACGGCAACCGCCACCACUGGUGUUGGUGGUGGAAUGAUGGGUGGGUUGAAUUUAAGCUCAUUAACUGAUACAGCAAGCAACCUCGACCGCCUGAUGAUUGCACAUAGUGGAAAACAAGGCCAACCGUUUCCAUUAAAGCUCCACCCGACUGCAAACGAAGUCGAACAAAGUCUAACAAGAGAUUUCCUAGGCGUAGGAGGAGACUCUGGCAGGCCAUUCUUACAGCAUGAACUAGCAGCGAAAUUUGCUUCGAUUGGUUCAGCCAUGAAUUUGAGCCAAUACAAUGGCACCCACUAAACCAAAUUGUAACUAUGGUUUGGCAAUUAUCCUGGUUGUACGAUAUAGUUACAAGCAGCUAGCAGCUUUAGGAUAGUAGAAAACUAGAUGCAGCGAGAAGGCCUUAAAGCCUUGGUUACCGAGUCAGACUCGGUCCAAGCAAAAUGCAAAGAAUUUUAACAGCGACUACUGAUGUUGUGCUAGAGAGAGAGAGAGAGAUGCCGUAUUAGUGAUGAAUGACUGACUGAAUCGUCAGAGACGAGUUCCGGGGGGCGGGGGACAGUUGUCAGUGCAGGUGAAGCAACUAGGCAAUCAGGAAAGUCAUCGGAGUCGUGCGUGUUGUUGUUUAUCUUCUUGCUUUUCCGUCAUUUCUUCUGUUGAAAUUAAACAGCGCGAACCGCAAGAUGCCUUGACCGUCGGUCAAAGUAGUACUCCGGCGAUCAUGUCAACGCUGUCUUUGGCGCGUUUCUUGCAAAUUUUCUCACUUAGUAUAGUUGCAUUACUUUUCUUCUCUUUCUUAUUUUGAUUCUUUCGUUUCAGCUACGUCUCUAAGCUAUAAUCAAACUUUAAUCUCAAAUGAGUAAGGAGUGUGUUGAAAAUC